AUGUCGUCCAACGUCGACAGAUACCGCCCUGCGCGCGAGGGCUACCAACCGCCAUCUCUCCCGCCAAAGCCGCCGCCUGCGGCCAUAGAUCGCCAUUCAAAAUCGCCUGUGAGAAGGCGCGAUGUGCCCCCUGCCGUCCCAUCCCCGCCGACGUACUCGUCGAGGACCUCUCCGCCCCGACCGGCCUCGCGCCGCAGCGCGCCAUCGCCCGCCCAUUCGAGCCCGCAGCAACCUAUCCAACCGCGUGCCGAUCAGUGGUUUUUUACCACUACCGAAGUCGCGAGCUCGCCCAGCAUAGUCGAUGGCCUUUCGCUAGCUGAAGAGCGUCUGAGACGAGCUAAGGGCGUCAACUUUAUCUACCAAGCUGGAAUUCUCCUCGACCUUCCACAAAUAACGCUCUGGGUGGCUGGCAUGUUUUUCCACCGCUUCUACAUGCGCUUUAGCAUGGUUGAGGAGAAGGGCGGUAUACAUCACUACAACAUAGCAGCGACGGCUCUCUUCCUUGCUAACAAAACCGAGGAAAACUGUCGGAAAACGAAGGACUUAAUUAUCGCCGUUGCCAAAGUGGCGCAGAAGAACACAAAGCUCAUCAUCGACGAACAGAGCAAAGAGUACUGGCGCUGGCGUGACAGUAUUCUCACCUAUGAAGAGGUCAUGCUUGAAACCCUUACAUUCGACCUCAUGGUGGACAAUCCGUACCACCAACUAUACGAGAUUCUGGGCCAGCUUGACCUGAUCCACAGGAAGGGGCUGAGGAACGCAGCGUGGACCUAUUGCAACGAUUCGUGCUUGACCACUUUACCGUUGCUCAUGAGCCCGCGCGACGUCUCCCUCAGCGCCAUCUUCUUCGCGACGAUAAUCACAAAAGAAACUAUUGACGACGUCAAUGGCGAGGCGUGGUGGAAGUUCCUCAAGGGAAACGAGGCCCUCAUGAGCAAGGCCUUGUCCAUCACCACAGAGUUCUACAGGGAAAACCCACUUAGGAAACCGGAUUCCAAGAUGCCUGGCUCGCCCGAGUUCAAUCUAGAAAGCACUAGGAGGAGGGGAGAGAACUUGAUAGGUCAGACGGAGGCCGGUUCAAGCCAGGGCGGGACUCCAGCCCCGACAGACCGCGCCGGUACCCAGAGUCCCCAGCGUGCUGGUGCCGGCGGAAACCGUGGCGCCACUGCUAAUGGCACCGGCCGACCGGACCAGGGUCAAAGCCAGGAGUUAUCUAUUGGAGGCAGCAGCGCUAAGGGCGCCGUGAGCGCCGAUACGAGCUUGGAGAUUGCCUCUCAUCUCAGCAGAGGCGACUCGGACGCUGCGCUCAAGGCGGCCGCCAACGACCUUGAUGUCCACGAGGGCGAGACUAACGGCAGCCGCGGCCUCCGCUCGCCCCCGCCUAUCAAGCGCAAAAGCGUUGAGCUAGACGACAAGGAUUCCGAUGGGGACAGAGAAAAAAAGAAACCGCGGUUGGUUAGUGCGGGCGAGGACGACGAGGGAGAGAUCAAGGCACCUUGA